UGACUGCCUUAAAUCCCUUACAGACCCCUAAAGGGGUCGGGGCACAGUCCUACACCUCUGCUAACCUUUGCUCCAGCACUGACUCAGAGCCCAUGCGCUGCUUUACGCAAGAGCUGUGCUGGCAGCAGGACUCUGCCCGUUGCUUCCAGCCUGUUCCUGCUCAAAGGGCAGAUGCUGUCCCUGUUGAGCAGGGCGGGUACCACUGGGAUAUAGGGAUGGGGUCUCCUGAGGGGUUCGCAGAGCUGAACACUGCCAUUGCCUGGGCUGAAGCUUUCUCCCUGCCAGGCUCAGUUCUGUGCCAGCAUGGAUUAUGCCAAGUCCUUGAGCCUGCGCCUGGCUGCUCCUGUCUCCAAAUGUGUCUCCGCCAGUGCUUCCAUGACGCAGCAGCUGCUCCUCUCCAGCCCGGCCCCACGGCCCCGACCCUUCCGUGUCUGCAACUGCGAUCGCAGCCUGCGCAAAGGCAUCAUGGCACACAGCCUGGCCGAGCUGCUGCACCAGGUCCGGAGCACCCUGCCGGUCCCUGACCCCAUCACGCUGGUCCUGGAUGAGGACGGCACUGUGGUGGAGACAGAAGCUUUCUUCUGCACGCUGGAGGAGGGCACAGUGCUGAUGGCCCUGGGCAAGGGGCAGUCGUGGUCUGCUUGCAAGGCACCUGGCUACCAGCUGAGCCUGUCCCACAAGCCAUCCCGCCGCAUCGAUGUCGCCUGUGUCACUUUUGACCUGUACAAGACCAAUCCACAGGACCUGGGCUGCCUCAACGUCAAAGCCACGCUCUAUGGCACUUACAGCAUGUCCUACGACCUGCGCUGCUACGGGGCCAAGAGGCUCAUGAAGGAAGCGCUGCGCUGGAUGCUCUUCAGCAUGCAGGCCACGGGGCACGUGCUGCUGGGCACCUCCUGCUACAUGCAGCAGCUGCUGGAUGCCACCGAGGAGCCCAAGGAGGAGAGCUGUGUGCAGCUGCCCCACAGCCUCCCCCUGCUGCCCCCCAGCAAGAUGCUGCAGUGAGGAGAUGGGGCAUGUCCUUUCCUGGGGGUCCCAGAGCCCCUCCCUAGGUCAGUACCCAGAGCUCUCCCUGCAUGCUGCUGGCUGGAUGCAGCCGCCUCUUCUCUGUGAUGCCUGCUGCUUUGUAAAUAUAUUUAUUUAAGUAAAGCUGUGCUUCUUGCAA